AUGGGGCUUUUUCAACAUGAAGAUUCUGAUUCUACGUAUGAUGACGAGCUAGAGGAGUAUAUCGAGAAACUGGAGGAGCUGCUCGGGAAAAAGUUGGAGCCUGGGAGGGGAGAUGCUAAGUGCCUGCGCAUGACUCUUGACAAGGUCGAGAUGCUUCAUCGAAGCUUAACAUGGUACAUGUCUCCCGCCAAGAGGCUUACCUACUGGCACCGGCCACAUACGUCCAAAACAAGGCUACCUAUUCUCUUCAUUCACGGCAUCGGUGUGGGACUUUAUCCCUAUGUGAACUUUCUGGCUGAACUCAAUGCGGCCGGUAGCGCAGAUGGGGAUGUUGGCAUCAUUGCUGUCGAGAUCUUAUCAGUAAGCUCUCGCAUCACAGGCCCGGCUAUGUUGAAAGAGGAAAUGUGCUAG